AUGUUUGCGUUGCUGUUCCUGUGCUUCCUUUUCAAAUUCCAGAAUGUCUCUGACUCGAAUGAUGAGUACGAGGAAAGCGUUUCCAGGAUGAAGAAUAACGAAUCAGGUGCAGAAAAUGACAGUGAUGUUAUUAUUAAUACGGGUUUUUUUAAUAAAAGUGAUAAUAACGAAGACGAUAGCGAUGAUGAUGAUGAUGUUGAUGAUGAUAAUUACUCGUCA